AUGCUUGUAUCAAUCUGCAACAGCAGAGCAGAAGAAGCCAUUAUCUGUCAGGCAGGGUUACCAGCCACUAAAUCAAGAGCAGAUCAGGCUGCCCAGGACCCCAUCCAAUCUGGCCUUGAACUCCUCCAAAGAUGGAAUGCCUACAGCUCUCUGGGCAGCAAUGCUAAGGCCUCACUGUUCUCUGUUAACUGGCCAAGCUGCGGUCUCCUGGGAAAUCGGAACGGGUGCGUACGGCAACAUGUGGUGACCCCGACCGACGUGAUACCUGGGAGUGAGUCAGCUGUCUGCCAGAAGCAGGAACCCAUUGCGGUAGCGGUAAAUUCAAAUCCGUGGAGUAGUGGAAGCCCGGGGACGGGGAGGAGUGCGCAUUACUCCUCGUCAGGCGGGAGGCUCGGGAAAAGGAGCCAGGAUUCCCCUAGGACGCUAGGGGGGAGACGCCAGAAGAGGCCAGGUGUAAGUUCAGCCGGAGGCGUUAUGGAAGCCGUCAUAAAGGUGAUUUUUCAUGCAUGCAAAAUUUACUGCGGGAAAAAUGUUCCUUCUAAGAAGGAGAUUUCAGCGACACUCUCGUUGCUGGAGAAAGAGGGGCUAUUAUCAUCCCCUUCUGACUUAUAUGAUCCUGAUAGUUGGGAUUCGUUUACUGCCGCGCUCUCACAGAGGACAAUGUUAACUCAGAAAGCGGCAGAGUUUAAGGUGUGGGGAUUGAUUUUAACAGCUCUUAGGAAAGCGAAAGAGGAGAAGAUUGCAGGUGACCGUGCUAGGGAGCUGCUGGGGUUAGGGCCAGGGGGGGGGUCUUGUCUCCCCUACAGAUUCGCUGGAGGGCAAGAUGGCGCUGACUCCUUCGGCCCCACCAGAAACAACGACCCUGGAGAUAAAGAAGAACGAAGUGAAGCAGGAGCGAUCAUACCAUAA